AUGAGCAAGUGCCUAGGCCUGUCUUUGGCAAAUCCACAUUUCAGGAGAGCCAUCAAGCCAACUCGGCCAAGGUCACAUGGCACUGUAGCCAAGGCAUGUGGUUCGAUGACCCAAGUCAUGGCAAGUAUGUACCAAAGUGCUUCAUCAGUCUUCACUCCUGUAUACGAGCUUCAUCAGUUCAAAGAUUUCAUGAGUACCCAAGUAGACCCAGUCGUUGAUAGUUUGCUGGGCCCAGGU